GCCAUUUUGACGCAACGAAGACAGAUUUUUCACGGGUUUUAAAUCCCCUUUCAUCCAAUAAUUUCCACUAUCAAACAACAUUUAUUUUGAAAGUGAAGGAGGAGAGUGAACAGCAGUCACCAUGCAGUCGGCUAUGUGGAAGAUUCGUGAGAUCCAGGACAAAGUCACCAACAUGGUGAUGAAUUACACAGACGUAGAGGCAAAGGUACGGGAAGCCACCAACGAUGACACGUGGGGUCCGCACGGCUCCCUCAUGGCCGAGAUUGCCAAAGAGACGUACACAUACGAACACUUCCCUGAGGUGAUGGCCAUGAUAUGGAAACGUAUGCUGCAUGACAGCAAGAAGAACUGGAGGAGAGUCUAUAAGUCGCUAUUACUCUUGGCGUACCUCAUACUGAACGGAUCGGAGCGAGUCGUCACCAGCGCUAGGGAGCACCUUUAUGACCUCAGAUCCCUUGAGAAUUAUUCCUUUAUGGAUGAGUUUAACAGAGACCAAGGACAAAACGUGAGACAGAAAGUGAAAGACGUAGUUGAUUUUAUCCAAGACGAUGAACGCCUACGAAUAGAGCGAAAGAAAGCCAGAAAAGCCAAGGAUAAAUAUAUUGGAUUGUCUUCGGAAAACCAGCCCAACAAAUACAGUGAUCGCUACGAUUCAGAACCGAGGAUGCCACGGAACAAGAUGAAAGAAUACGAUGAUGAGAUCGACACGUACAAGAGCAAACAGUCCAGAUUCAACAUCGGUAGAAUCACCAAAGACAAAGUAGAUGACUCCGACGAGUCCCCUCAGGAACUAGUAGAGGAUGACGACUUUGGAGAGGAGGAUGAGGCUAAACCGAAACGAUUUGAGUUCAAGGAUGAGGAGAAUGAGGAAACAUUUACACACACAACGACAACAGAGAGACGGACGAAACGAAUCAAGAAGAGGUCGGGCAAGAAAGUGGACCUGGGCGCUGCUGGUUCGUACGCAGACGACGCCAAAUCAGACAGCAACAAUAGCAUUAAUACUACUCCAACUACAAUGUCAGCAUUUGACAGUCUCAUUGAUACCUCCCCGAAGGCUGCCGGCAGCGAAGACGUCUUUGCGGACUUCACGUCAGCCGCCGCAAAUAACAGUUUCAGCGAUUUCAAUCCAAGGGGUACAACUUCACCAGUCGCUAAUAGUUCCACCGACUUUGCUACAUUCCAGAGUGCCCCACAGAAUCCAAAGGCGCAAGAUGCAUCCUUCGGUGAUUUCCAGAGCUUCUCGGCCUCAAUUUCCCAGCAAACCAGCACUCUUACAUCAGUACAAGCCAACACAACCAGUCCUCAAUCCCCUAUGCAACCCAUCAAUGCACCUUUACUACAACCCCAAAGUGCCCCAGUACUCCAACCCCAUGCGGCUUCCCUACUCGCCCCGGCGCCCGCUUCGCUCCAACCCCAGCAGAUGAACCUCAUGCAGUCCCAGCCUACUAACAACGUCAUGCAAUCGCCCAAUGUGCCUCUACCAGCAAUGCAGAUGGGUAUGUCACCACAGCAGCCCCUCGGUGGGGUUGGUUUGCAGCAGCCCAUCAUGGGUGGCGGAGCAGGAGUGAUGCUGCAGCAGCAACCCCAGGGUGGGGGUUUGAUGCCCCAAGGUGGGGGUAUGGUGCCCCAGGGUGGGGGUAUGAUGCCCCAGGGUGGAGCCAUGCAGUACAACCAGCAGUCACUACUUCACAUGCAGUCACAGCAGGCGCCAACCCCAUACCAAGCCCAGCAGGGAAUGGGUCAACCCAUAUCGCAACAGUAUCCUAACCAGCAGCCAAUGAUGUCGCAGCAGAUGUACAGUCAACAGAAUCAACAAUCGAAUGGCGUCUUGGCCAGUAAAACAGUGUCAGUAUCUACAUCCUCCACACCGCAGAAGAAAACGCUAUGGUCAGACGUGAAUGUGGACAUCAAGUUAGACAACCUCAGUCCUGGGGAUAAGUACAGGAAGCAAGCUCAGCCUUCAAUGAAUCAACUCCAACAACACAAGCAACCCUUACCCACAAGUAUUGGACAGCCACAAAUGGGAAAUAUAGCGGUAGGCAUGGGCCAAAUGAACCUCGCUCAACAACAACAACAUCCGCAGCAGAGCAUGAUGGGUAGUCCCAUGAUGCAACAGCAGCAACCGCAAGGCAUGAUGGGUAUGCCGGCCCAGGGCAUGAUGGGAAUGCAACCGCAGGGCAUGAUGGGCGUUCAGGGGGGCAUGACACCUCAAACACAACAAUAUAGUGCCUACGGAGCAAAGUGAUUGACUCGUGUAAGCCUGUGUUAUAUAACUUCAAAAGACUCUCUGCUAACAAUACAGACCUCCAUCAUUCUGUGAGCAGCCUCGUCAAGUUCCUCAUAUACAUCAAAUGUCUAUUGGUCAGUAAUUUUUAUAGGUACCAGGCUAUUUUUUUCUUUCCAGCCUUUAUUUGGGUUUGUAGAGUUGAAUAUUACAAUGUUAGGCCCUGUCCGAAACGGCGACUUUGGCUACGGCUACAGCUACAGCUUGAUCAGCGCGUCUGCCAGUGUUGAAGUAUAGGCAGAGGCGCUGAUCUAGCAUAGCUCUAGCCGAAGUCGCCGUUUCGUACACGGCCGCAUAAUCUCCAACAUGAUAAAGGAUUGUCAAUUUUCCACGGAGCUGACUGCUUCAUUUUGCUCCGUGUCCUGCUAUGAAGUGUUCCUCUGAAAAUUCUGCAGAAAAUGUCUAAACAAUGAUUAUAGAAAGGAUUACACAUGAAAAACAAAUCACUGGUGUACAUGAAUUUUUAUCAUUUCAUUUUUUAACCCGUUAGAGACCAUGCUUUUUCAGUAUAGUCUUCACCCAUUGUCAAGUAGUUCACUGGUUUUGCUGUUUUUAUUUAUUUAAUUUUUUUAAAAACGUGUCCCAUAUCCGUUUGGGAAACAUAAGAUAUAGUCAGUUUUCUUUAGGACUAGAUCAUAAAAAAAUUUGCCAUCAGUAGCCAACACGGUUGCUAUGGUCUCUGAGAGGUUAGUAUACACUCUGACCCAUCACUUUGUACGCAAUUUUUUUUGUUUACACUCAAAUUAUCUAGGCAUUAUUUGUGAACAAACGUCGAACUCCUUUUUUUUUUAGCGGUAUGUAUGAAAUGCAUUUCUACUGAAAAGAAACCUUGUAUCUUUCCUUUUUUUCAAAACUGUUCGCGGAUAACUUGCAGGAAGACUUUUUUACAGUUGAUUUUCCAGCCCGACAGGUAUCCCUAAGAAGUCCAAUAAGUUUUAGGGGAAAGUUUUACAAGAGGACCAGGCAAUUUGUUUGCAAGAUGACUAAACCACAGACCUUGAGAUUCUUGUCCACUGAAAACUACCAGGGCCAAAUUUCAUGGCUCUGCUUACUGUCAAAUUUGUGCUUACCAUACUCCACCUACUGCACAAGCGCCAAAUAUCUACGCUAGCUGUGUUAAAGCGAAGAAUGCCCAGCUACGUGGAGUUUGCACAUGCACAAGCAAACAUUCCCUGCUCUGCUAACCCGUCUUAUAUGUUAAUUGAAAGCGCAGAACUUUUACCCGCAACUUGUCCGCAAUGAUAUACCUUUUGUGGAUAAACUUUCCCACAAUUUAUCCUGGAAAAGUUGUAGUGUAUCACCUUGCUUUGCUGUCUUCUUUACUUUCCACCAAAUUGUCCACUGAAUAGUCCAUGCGAGUCUUGCGCACAUUUGAAAUACUUUGGGAAUCCUUCAAUGGGUUCCCAUGUACUUAACAAGACUUGCACAGUCUUCAUAUUUAGCUCAUUUUAUGGGCUUUGUGUCCAGUCUUGUUUGCACAAAAUAAUUAAUCAAAAAAAUUUGGCGAGAGUGGCGAUUUCAUCUGUUUAUCAUAGCAUACAGUGUACAGCUUGCUGAUUUAUAUAUAUAUAUUUAAUAGAAGAUUAAUUUUUGUACAGUUCUUAUCCAAACAAACAAAUUAAAAACUAGUAUAAAUGAACCAUGAUGUAAAUAACCUUUUUAUAGGAUCAUAUUCAGAUAAUGUGACAAUUUUUGUAUUAAAAAAAAAGAGAAGAAAAGAACACAAGCAAGCAAGACAGUCUGUCAAAUAGCUUGGACCAUUGGACCUUAUUUCUUGGUGCUAAUUAGCAUAUUUUUCUGCGCUUAUUGCUGUGUGAAAUAAUUAUAUUCUUAGGAUUUGUUUUCUGAGCAAUAAGGUAGGGUCAUGUUUUGGUUUUUGUCAUGCUGAUCUGGAGGCGAAAUUAUAAAGAAAGAUACAAUAGAAGUCACCUGUGAAAGU